UGGGGAAAAAUUGCACCUCUCUCCUCCCUGUGACGUCUGCACCGGCCCGGUCCCGGGCAACUGCCGGCUUCUGGUCCCGUUUCAGAAGAACCUCUCCACUUGCUGCCUUUUCGCCGACUGCGCGCGGUGCACCGAGGAUCCGUCUUUGACAACACGCUGCCAGCCUCGCUGCCAGCGACGUGCCUCCCCCCUGCGCGCUACUCCCAGGGAGUGAAAAACAGCAAGAAGGAUCGAAUAUUCAGAGGAACGGAGGAAGACGAGAAGAUGCUGACGGCAGCUGUUGUGCUGGCGGUGGUCGCGCUGGGCUUGAGCGCGGCUCACUCCAAAGUGAAUAAACACAAGCCGUGGAUUGAAACGUCAUACCAUGGGGUAAUCACCGAAAACACUGACGUUGUUCUGCUUGAUCCGCCUCUGGUAGCUCUGGACAAGGACGCCCCCAUCCCAUACGCAGGGGAGAUCUGUGCAUUCAACAUCCAUGGGUUGGAGGCUCCUUUCGAGGCUGUGGUACUGAACGGUACGUCUGGGGAGGGCCAACUGAGGGCUCGAGGUCUGGUGGACUGCGAACUGCAGAAGGAGUACACUUUCAUCAUUCAGGCUCAUGACUGCGGUUCAGGCCCAAGGGGCACAGAGGGCAAAAAGUCCCACAAGGCAGUGGUCCAUAUUCAAGUCAACGACGUUAAUGAGUUUGCUCCAGUGUUCCGGGAGCCCGAGUACCAAGCUGCAGUGACAGAGGGCAAGAUUUAUGACAGCAUCCUACAAGUGGAAGCCACUGAUCAGGACUGUUCACCUCAAUACAGCCAGAUCUGUAACUACCAGAUCACUACAACUAACACACCCUUUGCUAUAGACCGCAAUGGUAACAUCCGAAACACAGAGAAGCUGAGCUAUGACCAAGAGCAGCAGUAUGAGAUCCAGGUGACGGCCUGGGACUGUGGCCAGAAGAGAGCCUUGCACAGCGUUCUUGUUCGAAUUGACAUCAAGCCUGUCUGCAAACCCGGUUGGCAAGGUUGGAAUAAACAAGUUGACUAUGAACCCGGAACAGGAAGCAAACAGUUGUUUCCGAAAAUGCAUCUGGAGACCUGUGGUGGGCCUCUGUCAUCUGCUAGGACUACAGUGGAGCUGCUGACCAGUCACAUUGGAAAGGGAUGUGACCGUGAGACCUACUCUGAGAAGUCCCUGCAGAAACUAUGUGGGGCCUCAUCGGGCAGCACUGACCUUCUGCCUACCCCCUCCGCUGCUACUAACUGGACAGCUUCUCUGAUGACAGACAGCGGGAGGGACAGUGACUUGAUUUUCAGGUUUGAUGGUCACCAGGCGGCUAAAAUCCCAGGCUGGGUGGUCCCCCAGAACUUGACGGACCAGUUCACGAUAGCAACCUGGAUGAAGCAUGGACCCAGUCCUGGUCUCAGGGCUGAAAAAGAGACUCUUCUUUGUAAUUCUGACAAGACAGAGAUGAAUCGUCAUCACUACUCCCUGUAUGUCCACAAUUGCCGCCUAGUGUUGCUACUAAGGAGGGACUUUACUCAAGUGGAUACCUUCAGACCUGCCGAGUUCCACUGGAAACUGGACCAGAUCUGCGACAAGGAAUGGCAUUACUACGUCAUCAAUGUAGAGUUUCCAGCGGUGACACUCUAUGUGGAUGGAGUGACGUAUGACCCCUACCUGGUGACUGACGACUGGCCCAUUCACCCAUCACAGAUUGACGUGCAGCUCACAGUCGGUGCCUGCUGGCAAGGUGGUGAGGUGACCAAGCCAAGGUUUACUCAGUACUUCAGAGGCAGUUUAUCUGGAUUGACAAUCCGACCAGGAAAGAUUGAGAGUCAAAAAGUAAUUUCCUGUCUACAGGCUUGCAAAGAAGGACUGGACAUCAACUCCCUUGAAAGCCUGGAUAAGAGCAUCAAGUUUCACUUUAACCCAGCUCAGUCCAUUCUGGUGAUGGAGGGAGACGAUUUAGAAAAUGUGAAUGCUGCAGUGAGAAAGGUCUCCUACAUAAACUCUCGACAGUUUCCAACUCCAGGGGUCCGACAUCUUCAGAUCACAACUACUGUCCAGUGUUUUGGUGAAGACACUUGUAUCAUCAUCCCUAACAUUGAGGCAGUAGUAAUGGUGUUGCAGCCCAGCGAGCCCAGGAUAACCAUAACAGGAUUGGAAAGACAGAGUCGGCCUGCUUCUGACCUCAGGCGCCCGGAAGGUGUUGCGCUAUUCCAGCAGCUCCACAUCAUCAGCACGGUCACCAGGGGAGAUGUUGUUGCCCCUAAUACAGACCAAAGACCAGGACCUCUGGAGGAGAUCAUUCACAAUUUGGACUACUGUGACAUCCUGGUAUUGGGGGAGGAGUUGAGGCCUGACCAGGAGUCACUCCAACUGCAGCGCAGCAUUCUGCUUGGAAAACACCUUGAUGCCACAAAUUCCACUUCUGGGAUGUCCAUAUUUGGUGUGGACUCCAUGGCUAACUACGAAGAUGUGAUCAGAGAGGUGCGUUACUACAACUGGCGACCGGCACAGCUAACAGAGAAAAGAUUCCGUCUCACAUGCUCGGAGCUCAACGGACGCUACACCAGCAAUGAGUUUAACUUGGAGGUGAGCAUCCUCCACAGUUCAUCGGUCAGAGAACAUAUCAGUCAGACCGUGGCGCCACCUCAGCACAUGAAGUUAGUCCUCCAUCCAUCUAUGAUUGAUGAACUGUACCCAGAGCAUAGCUCAGGGGUGCCCAGUGCUGCCACAGUGGUUAUUGUAAUGUGCAUCGCCACCCUGGUGGUGGUGGUGGUGUUAGGCAUCUACCACAUCCAUCUUACCCACCAACAAGAAGUCAAGCUGUCUGAGACUACUAAAGAAGAAGACGGGACCUGGGACAACUCAGCCCUGUCCAUCACCGUCAACCCAAUGGAGAAUCUGCAGGAUCCCCAGGCCGCAGAGGAGGAGGCCAGCGAGGAAGAGGAUGAAGACGACGACGAUGAGGAAGAGGAUGAUGACAUCACCAGUGCAGAGUCAGAUGACAGCGAGGAAGAAGUGGACGUCCAACUACCCAGGAUGCAGGGAACGAAGCGAAUGAACUGGGAUAAAACAACAAUAUCUUAUUGAAACUCUCAAUCAUAAACAAACAAGAAGUGAUUCACAUGAUCUAUAUGUCUGUCAUAAAACAUCAAAUAUGAUGGCUGACUCACACUCACUUAGUGGCAUCGAAAAAUGAUGUAAUAUCUCCCCCUACUGGACUAAAACACACCCAAACCUCUUCGACAUCAGGUAUUAAAAAAAAAAAAAAAAAAACUAGUCACCGGGUACAAAUCUAAAUUUUCCCCUGGAUUUAAAUAGACACACUAUUAGCGACAGGGAAUACUUCUUUCGCAUUUCGUUACACAAUUGAGUUGAGUUUGAUGAAAUACAUUCUGCAGAGAUUGACAAAUUUCAAAAAUAUAUAUUGUUAUUUUGGUUUGUAUACAAUAUGUAAUGUGUCCAUCUUAAUCCCAGCCCUUGUGGCAAAUUCAGGUGAUUUUACUGAAAUAGCAUUUUGUCAAUGGAAUUGACAAAAAAGUGUGCUGACCAGAUGUCAUGUCAAACUCAACAAGGGGUUAGAGUUUUGUGUUUUGGGGAUAGACAGAGAAAUGCCCUUGUACAUUUUUAUACACUAUCUUGUAAAUAGAGAGUAUAGUAAGUGAUCCCCUCCUACUACCGCUAUCCUUACCACAUGCAUACACACUUGAACCAGAGACUCUCCUUUCCACCUGCACAUAACAAAUGUCAUCUCACUUCAUUUUCCAUGUCCACACUUCCGAAUAGUUGGUGGUCCCUCAGUCCCUUUGUAUGUUUCAGCUCAGUGUUCAGUUGGGUUUGUGUUUGGUAUGUUUGGAUGUGUCACCGUCUCCUUGGAUACUGCAGCAAUUUACAAGAUCCACUAGGCAAGCUGUACAUAUUUUCAAAAAGAAACUAGCCUUAUGAGUUUAAAUAUGCACCAUCACAGCUUCUGGACAAAACAAAGGAUUUAACACAGACGAGCUUUUUACAGUGCAAUUAUAUGAUUUGUAUCUCCUGCACGCCAACACAAAUCAGAACACAGCACCUCCAUUCUUACAUUUAACAGACUGUACUGUAUAGUACUACAAACAGUGGUGCAAGCUUUAGCUGAUAAUAUGGCUGUAUUAACCAACACAGACAAGAAGGAGGAGGAUGUCAUGACAUCUAUUUCAGCAUGUUUAUGGUAAAAAAGGUAUUGCUCCCACCACUUCGGUAGGAUUUAAGGAACUUUGUCAUGCCAGCACUCAUUUUCACAUCAGAUGGCACGGAAUUAGUACCCGAAGUCCCAGAUUUAGCCCAAUAAAUCUCCAAAAGAGACCUACUGCUUGUAUGAAUUAGAAUAGAAUGAAAAAGAUAAUAAAACAGGGAUAAAUACAAUACAGUGGACUCCCGCGAUACGCGGCUGAUAGGGACUGGGCUGGACCGCAAAUAGCGAAAAUCAGUGGAUAAUUUACACCUAUUAUAAUUGCAAUGAAAAAAAAAUUAUUUCAAUCCCCAAAAAAUCUUGGAUAAACAGCCAAUAAGCAAAAGUAAAAAAAAAAAUGUCUAAAAAAGCUUUGUUAAAAAAGUAAAUAAAUCUGCGAAAAUGUGAAUCUGCAGGAACUUGAGUAUGCGGGGGUCCACUGUACUAAGAAUACAAUACUACUGUUGGUUGUUUCUUCUUUCCCAUUUUUCCUCUAACCAUAGUGCAAAAACAAAAAACAUAAGUAUGGGUAUUACUGCAAGAAGUCAGAAACCAUACAUAUUGGCUAUCCAACAGGUGCAACAAUGUAGAGUCAAAUAGGUAUGAAUAACAAUAGAUUUAAAAAUGUGUCAUAAAUGGGAACAUAUACAUAAUAAGAAGUUCAUUUGGGAAACUGUAUUCAUCAACCUGCUGGAAUCUUUGUUCUGUGUGUUCAAUAUUAAGGUUACCGUCACACUGAUAGGCUACUUUUAAGGUGGUAAGUAUUAAGGAACCUCAAAACAAAAAUGUGAUUAAAAUGAUGUGGCACAUUUGAUAGAAUUAAAAAAGCCCCACUUCAAUGGGUGGUUUUCACUUUUUUUUCUCUCUCCAGCUUUAACUCACCUCUGAAGUUUUAUAACAAAUCAUACAUUAAGCAGACACUUUUAUAGCACAAAAACACAUGGAGAAGAUGGUAAUAUUUUCUGACACUGUUAAAAGAAUGCCAUGAGCUGCCAAAACUGAGUAUGUGUAUACUGUAGCACUACUAUAUGUUGAUGUAAAAUACCUGUUGUUUAAAAGUUUAUCACAUUAGUCUUGUGAGGUCAUCCCUUUUCACUACCUUUACUCAUCUCCUGAAACCUUUUGGUGGGUUUUUCCAUCAAGCCCUAAUGUUAACCUAAUGUUUGUUUUAGAAAAGGAGGACGAUGCAGUUAACAUGGAAACAGUGUAUAUUGUGUAAAAUUUAGUUUUAAUUGCUUCUUUUUUCUUCAAUUUUUUGACUCUUUGGUCUAUUUUGCUUUGGAAUGGUCAGUCACGACAGCACUUUCUGUAAAUUGGCCAAUAAAAUCUUGUUUUGGAAUCUA